AUGCCAAGUCAUGGUCAUGCACCUACCAAGUUGGGGGUGGUUUUCACCUGCUUCACUCCCCAACGACGGCACCAAUCACAACCUACUCCUAAUAGCCUAAACGAUCCAGAUGUGAGGCUGCCACCAAUUACAAAAGAGAAAGUUCGAACAUCAAACAUGAUGACUCCAGUUACAUUAACUUUUCAAAUUGUUCCGUUCCAUAACUGUGAAAAAAGCAUACGAAAAGUUAGAAAGACACUUUUUAAGGUUGAUGAUGUUACACUAGUAUCAUUGAAUCCUAACAAUGGUGAAGUCACCAUCAGAAGUACUUCUCAAUCUGUUGACGAAAUCAAAUUGGCUCUUGAGCGUGCAUUUCCAAGAAAACAAGUCUUUAUAUUACAAGAAAUUUUCCAUGAAGAUGAACCAUCUACUCUUCGUAGACAACAAAACCCUAAUCAAAGUACGUUUGAUCUUGGUAGUGUGGCUAGAUCAUUGCCAACUGCAUAUGAUAAUGUUGAUGGGUUACAAAAUGUGGAGAGUGACUAUAGUAGGAUCAACCAAUCAAGUACUUUUACUUCUGUAUCUUCAUUCAAAUAUACUCCUCCUACAGAACCAUCACCACAUAUUCAACAAUCAGGGAACUACUAUAGUUGGAUUUACAAAAUUGAAGAUAUAGAUGACGAUUAACCAAAUACCAAGAUUAUAGCUAGUUAUCCAAUUAAUAUUAAAGGAGGUGAAUAAGUUGAUAUAAUUUUAUGUUGUUUAAUAUGAAUAAGAUACAACUUGCAAUAAAUCAAUGAGACUGAG